UUUAUUUCAUAAUUUAUGAAUUUAUCACAAUGGAGACAACCACAUCAAUUAAACCAAAGACUUUAGCCGAAUUAUUGCCAGGACUUAGUGGUAUAAUAACGAAGGAUGCAAUGCAGACCUUAACCGCUAGAAAGAAACCCCGCUCUAUGGCACAAACAAGUACUGCUGAGAAGGUUAUGAAACCGCUCACUAUUGCUGAAAUGAGAACGGAAAUACUAGCAUUGAAGGUGAGGUCUCCAAAAAGGCCUGUUCAGGCUAUGACUUCAGCAAAGAAACGGAACUGGAACUCAUCAGUAAAAGUUGAUAACAAGAAAAUAAGUCAUACAGCCAAUGGUCAGAUGAAACAUGAUUCUGUACGAAAAGUACUUAAUUUUCAACCAAAGCCAAAAGCAGUAUCAAAUCCAACACCAGUGGAAACCCCAAAGUUCCCCAAACCAGAAUUUAAACAGAAAAAAUCUACUCUUUUACAAGCAAAUAACAAUUUAAGAAUAAGCGGUAUUUGUAAAAUACCAGAAACACCCCUAAUCUCCACAGAACCAAUAAGACAAAUGAAGAGUAUUGCUAACAAAGAGAACAUACUAAACCCUCAAAGAUUAACAAAUAUUAACAAGAAGCUAAACAAUCCCACAAUAGUUAACCACAAAUUUGUUGUACCUGAAGUGAUGGACACUCCAAAGUCCAACGUGUCUUGGAAAUCCAGUUGUGAUGCAAGUUUCCUAAUGAAAGAGAAAGAAAUACAUGAUGUUGAGGAAAUAACGAAAGCUUUGUGUCAAGAACAGAUAUUGGAAAACAUUGCUGAAGUAUCACCUCCUGUUUCGACCCCUUUCAAAGAAUACAGAAAUGUCAAAGAAUACUUCAAUAAUUCAAAUGAACAGGCAGAAAAUUCAGCUUCCUUCAAUGAUACUAUCAUGUGUUUUGAGAAGCCAUGUCUUAAAAAUGAGAAUAAUGAAAGAGAGGAGAGUGUGAUAGUGUCAUUAUGCAACAUGCUCAACAAGGCUACAGCCAUCGAACCAGAAAAUACCAGUACAGAGCUCCAACGUCUGUUGGAAGUAAAGAAACAGACUGAACUAAAUAUACGAAUGAUCGAAAAUGGUAUUCAAACUCUGGAUAAUAUAAAAAAGUCACAUUUAAAAUCUUUGGAAUAUAUUACGAAAUUGUUAAAAGAAAAACAGAAUGGUCAUACUGUAACUGAUUCUCACUGUAAUAACACUUUAACAGAAUUAACAAAAAAAACAGCCAAAUUGACUAUAGAACAAAGUCCUGGAAACAGUGUGAUAGUAAAGUCGGGAUCCACUAAAUCACCUAUAUAUAAAAUACCUAAAAAAAACCAGUGUUUGAGGAAAAAGGUGUUCUACAAAUCAAUGCCCAAUGUCUCAAAUUCAUUUGCUUUAACACCAGAUAAAAAAUUAAAGGACAAAGCAUUAAGUGUCUAUAUGGAAAUGAAAGAGCACAUGAAUUUUUUGAACACACCUGUAACAAAAAAAAAUAACCCUGAAGUCCUAGACACCCCUAUGGUUACUUCACAUAACUUACAGAGACAAUUAGACAAAUUAUACACUGAAAAUUGA